UAAAUAAGGGCCUCUCUUCCUCUCAGUUCUCAUCAUCCAGAGAGCUAAUCCUGUGUCAAGACUGAAACAGAGUCGAGGGAUAUACUAAACAGAGGAUGAAGAUGAGAAUGGCUCACGAGGGAAGGCAUCAUCAUGGUCCACAUCUUCGUCAUGAGAUGGGUAAUGGAGGCGGGCAUGGUCCCCGCGCAGGAGGACCUCUCCUUGGGCAUGGUCUCGGAGGGCAUGGGUUUCGUGGACAUGGGCAUCAUCUGAGGGGUGUUGUUGGACAUGGGGGUCAUGGUCAUGGUCAUGGACAUGGGCAUCAUCUGAUGGGUCUUUUAGUCCAUUCGGGUCAUGGACACGGACACGGACACGGGCAUCAUAUGAGGGGUCUUUUAGUCCAUGGGCAUGGAUUUUUCAAACAUGGUCAUCAUGGUCAUUGCCAUGGUCACAGUCAUGGUCACAAAGGGAGGCGCCAUGCGCAUGGCCGGUGCGGGAAGCGUCAUACCUGUGCGGGUCAACUGGUACCGGAACAGGAACAGCAACAGGAACAAGAAGAGGAACAGGAAGUCGCGGCUGCGACGCCCGCUCCGAUAACCGAGCAACUCGGUACUCUCGCUCUGACUGCAGACUAGAGAGGACGCUUGGAGUUGGGGCUUGGACAAUAACGACGCCGUGUCAGCAACAAUGUGUCCUGGGGAUUUCGUGUUUUUGGUUCCUUCCCAAUAAACAGUACCAGUUUUAUCCUUUUGGGUUUAUUUGGCUGGAUGAUCAGAUUCAGCGGUUGAAGUGUUGUGGGGGUUAGUGGAAGUUUCUUUGUACCGUUCGUGUACCAAUAUUAUGCAAUGGUACACUACAAAUUAGUGAGAUGAUAUCGACCUUUUGAGGCGUCGGAGCAAA